AUGUUUGCCCAGGUCAAGCCGGACCCAGACGCCCCGACGCCUUACAUCAAACCCGACCCCGACAAUAAAGACACUGUUCUUGCUGAUAUCGACGAAGAUAUUUACGAUGAUGACGGGGACCUGGACUUUUCAAACGCUGGGCAGAACGUGUGGCUUUCGCGCAUCCCGCGAUCGCUCUGGGAGCAUUGGGCGAGUCUCGAUGACGACGAAGAGAUACAGAUUGGAACGAUGAGAAUAGAGGGCCCACCGAAUGAUAUUAAACGGGUCAGUAUUCGUCUCAACGAACGAGAAGACAACCGCGAUAUCCCUAAGGACUACAUACUGCAGCGACAGACCAUCAACCCGGGAAACGUAACAUCCCAUGCGACACAAAACACCUAUCUAUUCACGGAAAAAGACAUACCUGGUCAUGAAAAUCGCAUGGUGGUUUUCGGAGAAGCGCGAUCGGCAUUAUACGAAGCCAUGAAGCGCGAUGCAAGGAAAAAGGAGCGCAGGAAAAAAUGGGAACCAUACGUGCGGCGAACGGUGCCUAAACAAACCGCCCUCGUAGGAGGUGUCAGCGAAGAGUUUAAUUGCCUUCCAGUCGAGAACGAGGAAUUCCGACGAUUGUCGGAAAAGAGAGCUCUCGAAGCACUAAAGCCCAAACGCGAAACUGUGUUCAUUGACAAGGUUCCAGGCAAGCUUCUCCAAGCGAGAAAUGUGUUGCCUGGAGAGAAGGGCGCCUUUGUGCAAGCUACGAAGCCGGUCAAGGCAAAGGCCCAAGAGAACAAGACCACACGUAUGCCGCAGAACGAACUACUGGAUCUUAUUUACCAGUGCUUCCGCGAAUACAAAUACUGGCCUUUUAAGACGCUCAAGGCGAGACUCCGACAGCCAGAGGCAUAUCUCAAGCAGACCCUGGAGAUGGUUGCGCAUCUGGUCAAGUCCGGCGACUUUGCCAUGACCUGGGAACUCAAACCUGAGGCCAUGGAAAGCAACUACGCAAAUGCACUGUCCUACGGCAAUGCGAAGGAGGAGCUUCCUCCUGGAACCGACUACAACUUUGACGACGGUUCCGAAGAAGAGGCCAAUGCAUCUGGCAUGGUUACUGAUAACGACGAGAUGAAAUUUGAGGACGUUGUCUAA